AGCAGCCCCGCCCAGAGAGAACAGAGACUGGAGAGCUGGGGAGGGAGAAUGGGCAGAGGCAGCAAAGAGCACGUGUGUGGCAGGGCUGUGAGGACAGGUGACACGACAGGCAAACUCAAAACCUCAGAGAGCCUGGGACAGACUGUUAAGUGGGGACACAGUCAAGGACCCUGAGUUCCAGGUGGGAGUUGGAAUAUUGUGACAAUAAAGCACAAUCCACACACUGACUCUUAGGAGGAUUUUAACUCAUGACCUUAUGCUUUCGAGGCAGGCACAGUGCCACUGAGCUAAAUCCUCAGCCCCUGUUUGUUUUGUUUUGAGACUGGGUCUGGCUAUGUAGUCCAGGCUGGCCUUGAACACACAACGAUCCUCCUGCCUCAGCCUCCUGAGUGCUGGGAUUACAGGCUUGAGAUCCCCACACCUAAAAGGAGACUUCUUCACACACAAUGGGUAUGUGGACAAAGGUCAGAAGCCGUAAAGGGUAGGGGCAAUCCGGGCCAUGGGAACCUGGACUUCUAGUUCCUGAGAGAAAGGAGACAGAGCUUGGACUCCUAGGCCUAAGAGUGGCUGAGACCAGGGCCCAGACUCCUGGGUCUGAGCAGAGGGGACUGGAGACUGAGGCUCAGGGCAGCUAAAGUAGGAAGUGACCAGGGACUUAAACCCUUGGGUCGGGGAGGAGAGGACAGAGGACCCUUGGUUUCAAAGACAGUUUGUGUGGGUGACAUCUUCUCCCCACAUCAUCCAGCUUGGAACUCCCUUCUCCACCCCAGAGGCAGUGCCGUUCAUCUCUGCCCCUUUAAGAGACUCAGUGCGUUGCUAGGCUCCCAGGAUCUCCAGGGAGGGGGUCAGGUGCGUCACCUGUGCACCUAUGGGACCCUCUGCUGCCCCGCCUGGAGCCAGUCUGCAGCAUUCACCUGUUUCUGCAUCCAGCUCCGUUCACUGCUGCUACCUUGGACCCCCCUGAACAGGAAAUUAUCUGCGCCUUGGAAGUAGCCGGCGCCUUGGAAGUAGCCGGCGCCCCUGCGUCCCUCGCUCUGCUACUGACCCGGAGUUCGGGCCGUUGCAGAGGGGCUCUGCUCCCUUCCCUGCUAGAGGCAUCUCCCAACACUAUGAAAUCUUUCAGUCCGAUCCUCUUCCUUCUGGUCUUCUUCCUUGCCCUCCUGGGCUCCCAGGCGGCACCUUCAGCCCCUCUGCCCCUGGGUUCUGACUUCCAAGGGAUGGGCCGCCCCGGAACGACCUCCCCCGGCGCUUCUGAAAACGCCACUGGAGACGGGCCUAACCCACAGCACCCUGUGACUGUUCCUCCUGAGGCCCCGAAGAUGCCUCAUGCAGUUUCCCCUGAGACCACCCCCCUUAAUGUCACUGAGACCCCUAGGCCUGAUCUAGAAACCCCACACCCACAGUCUCCUGAGACCCCCCAGCCUGGCCCACUCACAACCUCAGUAUCAGAAUCCCCGGCCACCCCCCACCCUAACCCCUCCCAAGCAACACACCCAGAGCCUUCUGAGGAGACCCCCGACCCUGCCCUGACAGACACUCCACACCCCGGAUCCUCUGAGACCCCAAAACCUAGUCCCUCAAAAACGACACCCCCAGAAUAUCUUGAGACCCCAAAUACUAACCCUAUGCAGACCGCACACCAAGAAUCCACAGAGAUCCCCAGACUUAACACCACUGAAAUCUCACGUGUUAAAGGCCCUGACCCCACCAAGCCUCUUGACACCAAAUCUCUAGAAGCCCAUGAUCCGGACACCGCUGAGACCCCAAGCUCUCAGUUCCCCCUGACCGUCCGUCCUGAGCCCACUGAAACCCUGCACCCAGAGACCCACAAGACCCAUCACCCCAGCCCCACCGACACUCCCCAAACAGAGCCUCCCACAACCCACCACCAGGGUCCAACCAAGACCCCAAAAACUUCUGCCCUUGAAGUCUCCACUAGUCUCCACCCCGAAACCCCUGGACCCUUCAAGGACACAGCCACUGUACUCAGUGAGCUGCAGCCCAGUCCCCAGGCAGACACCCGUGCGGGCCCCCAGCCUGACCCCUCUCAACUGCCCACCCCAGAUUCUCCAGCGACUCUUGAGACAAAGGCCCCCCAAAACUCUGACCCCAAAGGGCAAAGCACCCCUCUGCCCUCAGCCCGGAUUGUGGGCCCCCCUGCUCCUCCAGAGCCACCCAGUCAGCUGCUCCCUGCAACUCCUUGGGCUCCUCAGCGGCGCAGCCGAGGCGAGAGAGUGAACACUAUCAUCGUGGUGGAGCACGUGAAAGAGACCGGCGUGACUCUAGUGGGGCGCCCACGCGGCUCGACUGGAGGGGCCCUGUGCCUGUUCUUUGCUGGGACCGGGCUUUUGAUCUGCAUCUUGCUGCUGCUGUGGUGUCUCUACCGGCGGGCAGCCCGGCACCGGCCCUUCGCACACCACCGGCUCCCGGACAGCGGAGACGAACCCGUUAUGCACCUGGACGCCCCGAAGGACCCCUACAACCUCUACUUUUAUGCGCCAGAUGCCUGGGUCCCUUCGCACAUCUCCACCAAGCAGCCGCCGCCCACACCCCCGCUGCCACCCAAGCUGCCCCCGCCGCCCCGCGGGGGACGCCCCCAGCGCCUGGAGCCGCUGUCCCCUGAUACACUCCCCAACAACUUCGUGUGAGCCCCUUCCGGUCCCUCCAGGCCUGCACAUUCCCAAGAGGGAGGGGACUCUUGGGUGCUGUCCUCCUGGAUGCUUCGCUACUUAGUGAGCCUCUUGGAUAUAGUGUCCAGCAGAGAUGCUUUCCUGGCAAUCGGAGAACACCGCUGAAUAAACCCGAUGUCCCCAUG